AUGAGAAAACAGUCUAUUAGGCAGAGGCUGUCACAAGAGGGUGGUAUUGUUCUAUACUUUUACUUCAACUCAAAACAAAACGACAGCGGGAAACAGUCGGCCAAUGCAUUCUACCAAACUAUUAUAUAUCAACUUCUCAAAGCUCUUGAAGGCACAGCUACAUCUGCCGAGUGCUACUCGGUUGCACAUGAGUUGAGGAGGAAUACCGGAGCCAAUACUUCGAUCACCAACGAAAGACUUCUCAGCACUCUAAAGGACAUCCUACUAAAAAUCGGCACGAGGGUCAAUAUCGUAAUUGACGCUCUAGACGAGUGCAAGGAGGACAACCAGGAGUUUGUGGAAAGCAGCGUUUCAUUGUGCCGCGAUAUACCCUCCCUCAAGGUCGUGAUUACAAGCAGGCCGGAACUGAAUAUAGUUGAUCGUUUCACGAAGAUAUCGUCGGAAAUUAAUAUUCGGCUCGACUUCUCCAAAACGGAGUCCAAUCAUGAUAUUGAUCUCUAUAUCGAGCAACGUCUCCAGAAUUCUAAAACGUUGGGUGACAAAAUGUUUCCGGAAAUGACAAAAGAGAUAAGGGAGAAGCUCCGCAAGAAAGCUGGUGGCCUGUUUCUCUAUGUAAGGCUCAUGCUCGAUCUCCUAGAACAGCAAGCCACAGAAGAAGGCAUACGGAAUGGAUUGGAAAGUCUACCGGAGACUCUAGUUGGCAUCUACCAGAACAUCAUCCAAAAGAUAGAGAAGAAUGCCUCCAAAGAUUUAGGCGAGAUGGCAAGGCGUGUUCUUCGUUGGGUGGCUGCGGCACAGCGACCACUGACUAUCGACGGGCUUAUGAUGGCGCUUAGGGCUGAGAAACUGAAGGCCAAGGAGAACCCAACAAUCAGUGAUCUAGGCCCCUUCAUACCAAAUUACCGCGAACGGCUUUGGCAGAUUUGCUUUCCACUUCUGGAAGUCCUUGAGGAUGAUACAGUACAGGUGAUUCAUGUAUCGUUGAAGCAAUACCUACUAGGUCAAAAUAUCUCCGGACAGGAACCGUCGGAGUUCUUUGUGUACGCAACUCUCGAAUGGACCGGUCAUUGCCUAGCGUCAGAGGAUGGUUCCUCCCGGGAGCAGAGUGCGAGACUCUUGAAGUACUUUCAGGGACCGGAUCAACUGAAAAGCUGGACUGAAGACCGCGCAGCCUUUGAUGAAAGAUUUGCCGUCUACUUUCACUUAGGAAUUGGCACGGGAGGUCUGAUAACCGGUAAUCUCCCAAAUCUAAUCCACAUCUGUGCAUACUUUGGAUUAGCCACAAUGUCGGGAGGGUUGAUCACUCAAGACAAGGGUGAACUUGAUCGCCGAGAUACUACCGGUAGGACGCCGCUCCACAUUGCCGCCGAGAGAAAUUGGGCGACCCUAGUCGAUUUUUAUAUCGAACAAGCGCUGCAGGCACGGGGACAACAAACAUAUAACUACAAUUACGGGAAUUAUACCACCACAUAUGGUCCGUUAGUGGAGUCCAAGGAUAAUAGCGGGAAGACUGCUCUUCAUCGUGCCGCUGCCAGGGGGAACCGUCUCCCCGUGAUUAGCCUACGCAAAGCUGGAUACAGUGCCGACUCUCCCGAUAAUCUGCUCCAAACUCCUCUUUUACUCGCGGCGCUAUCAGGAGAAAAGGACGUUGUUCUUGAAUUAUGGAAUUCAGAUAAAUCCCUAAGUUGCGCGAGUAAAUCCGGAGUUACACCGCUUGAUUGUCUCAUAAUGCAUGGGCAUGAGGAGACACUUAAAAGCUUACUUACGUCAGGUAAACUAGUGUCGGAAGUCUUGCUUAAAUCUUCACCCUCGGCCUUUAUCACUGCGGCACGUAAGGGCUUGCUCGGUGUGGUUGAUCUCUUACUACACGCAAAGAUCGACGUCAAUUCCAGAGAUAACAUGCAACAAACGGCCCUGCAUAGAGCAGCAACAUGGGGGCACACCGAGGUGGUUGAAUUACUUCUUCGGCCAGAGUGGGGGACGGGUAUCGAUGCAGAAGACCAAUCCAACAGAACCCCGCUCUAUUUCGCCGCGGCAGGAGGGCAUAUAGCUAUUGUGAAGUGCCUUAUACAGGCUGGAGCCAACGUGAAUGCCCUCGAUAGACGCAAUCAAACAAUUCUCUUCGAACCGGCCGGGAGAGGGCACACGCCAGUUGUAAAGGAACUACUAGGCGCCGGGGUUCGCGCUGAACAAGUGGAUCAUUGGAAGCGUUCAGCCCUCCAUUGGGCUUCAAAAUAUGGCCGUAAGGAGGUGGUAGAGCUGCUGCUAAAUUCCGGGGCGGAUCUGCACGGAGAGCAAAGGGAGAAGGAAACACCACUACACUGGGCUGCACAGAACGGACAGGAUACGAUGAUUGAGCAGCUCAUAAACGCCGGGGCCAACGUUGAAGUAGGAGAUGAGCAAGGGCGAACACCACUUCAUCACGGCGCGUGGCGGGGGAUGCAAGCUUCCGUGUACGCUCUUCUGAAACACGUAUCCGCACCGGACGUUGUCGACCAUAAUGGGCGUACACCUCUGUACUGGGGAGCGGUAUCUGGAGAUUCGGGUGUCGUACAGACACUGCUCGAUGCCAACGCAAACAUCACGGCCGGGGAUACGCGGGGCGUAACACCUCUGCAUAUGGCCGCUCGCUACGGACAUGACGCACUUUUAAAGCGUUUUAUAGAUACCCAAGCUAACCUGGACGUGAGAGACAAUAAAAAUGCAACUCCACUACACUUUGCAGCUCAAGCAGGGAAGCAGAACGCGACCCGGCUCCUGCUUGAUGCCGGUGCAUCUCCCAUAGCUGCAGACUUCAAAAAGCGGACACCCACGUGGAAUCAAACCAAGAAAAAUGACGAAGCACAUAGUAUGGUUUCUGUACUGAAUGAGGCCAAGGAAAAUGCAGAGUCGAAAUAUCUUUCGCAGCUCCCGGGCAUACAUGAGGCUGCGAGGAAGGGCGAAGAUACCACUAUCCGGAAUCUCAUCACUAGAGGAACAAAUAUCGAUGCAAAGGAUGCUCGUGGGCGGUCGGCUCUGCACUGGGCCGCUCUCAGAGGUCAUAACGUAGUAUUCUUACGCCUCGUCCUCGCUGCCGGGGCCAACAUUGAACUUUCCGAUGACUCAGGGCAAACGGCGAUUCAUCUAGGUGUCAAAAAUCAUCACCCAGCAGUAGUACGACAGUGCCUGGUAGAUGGCGCUGAUGUGAUGGUAAAGGACUCCUGUGGGCAGAUUCCAUUGCACUUAGCUGUGGAGGGAGGACAGGGGGAGAUUGUAACACAACUACUCGAAUCCACAGGCUCCCAAGCGGGUGUAAACGUUGCAGACAACUGGACCCGAACACCAUUGCACUUUGCGGCGGAGGGUAGAUGGAAAGCAAUUCUCGUGCGGCUCCUGGCGUGCGAUGCCUCUACCAUAAAUAGUGGCGAUUAUAAGGGUCAAACACCUCUUCAUCGGGCAGCACGUAAGGGAUACCACGACAUCAUUGAGGAACUACUCAAGGCCGGGGCGAAGCUUGAUGUAACUGAUACCAAUGAGCGAACGGCUUUGCAUCUGGCAGCGAAAUACGGAUACCCUACUGUGGUCGAGAAGCUCCUAGCGGCAGGGGCCAACAUAGCUACAAAGGAUAAAAGUGGCAGAACAGCGCUCUAUCUAGCAGCCGGAAAUGGUCACGAGAGUGUAGUGGAUGUCCUCCUCAAAUCCCGCUCGCGGGUCAACGUCAGAGACAGCGUCAACGUCAAAGACAGCGAAAACAUUACGCCUCUCCAAUGCACGGCGGAAAAGGGAUGGGCAGGUGUGGCAAAACGUCUUUUGAAAGCUGGGGCGGACGUGUCAACUCAAGAUGGUCUUGAAAGAACCGCCCUUCAUCUUGCCGCCCAGAACAGCCACAAAGGAACGGUCGAUGUCUUGGUAGAUGCUGGGGCGGGCGUUGAUAUUAAAGACUAUUGGCAGAAUACACCACUGUGCUGGGCUUCAAAGAAUGGGCACUAUGCGAUCGCCGUGAAGCUGCUGGGCGCAGGUGCCAAGACUAGUGUCGUCGGUGAUGCGCAGGAUACACCUCUGCAUUCAGCGGUCCAAAAUGACCAUGGAGAAAUAGUCAAGUUAUUAAUAGGUGCUGGGGCGGACCCUGACGCUACACUUCAUAACACGGGGGAAACACCUCUUCACAUGGCGGUCAAGAAUGGUAACCUGGUAGUGACGAGGUACUUACUUGAUUCCUGUGCCGAUGUUAGAGCACUGGAUGCUUCUCUGGAAACACCGCUGCACCAUGCAGCCCGCGAGGGUCAUGCUGGUGCUGCGAGGCUGUUGCUAGAGUGUGGCGCGGAUAUAGAGGCACGGAAUGCCGAAGGCAAAACACCAGCUGAUAUUGCAAAACUAUCACAGCGAACCAAAGUCAUGGAAUUAUUUGUCCGGUUCAAUUCGUGA